GCUAACCAUUCGCAUCUUGCAGUUGGACGGCCCGAUUCGGCGACUCCUCCCCCCAGAUCCCCUCCCUCCUCGCCUAGGCCAAAACCCAACUCCUCGAUCUCCCGCAACCUCCCAGAUCUCUAACCCUCGCCACCGCCGCCCGCCGCCGCUUUCUCCCCGAUCGCCGCGGCCAUGGCGAAGGAGUUCCCCUUGCCGCCGGUUGUCUUCACGCCGUCCACCCCGACGCACCGCCGCCAUCCUGCCCCGGGCGUGGGGGCCUCUUCUCCGCCUGCGUUCGCGCCGCCGCGCCCCUCCACCUCGUCCGCCGCCAACCCGCUCCCUUUCAUGUCGUUCGACGUCUCCGCCGCCGCGGCCUCCUCCUCCGCGCCGCCCCUCUACACGGGUCCCAUCGGCAUCGGCGGCUCCGGCGCAUCCUUCGAGGACGAGCCGCCUCUCCUCGAGGAGCUCGGCAUCAACACGCGCCAGAUCUGGCGGAAGACGAUCUCCAUCCUCCACCCGCUCCGCACGGCGGAUCCCUCGCUCCACGCCGACGCCGACCUCUCGGGCCCGUUCCUCUUCCUCCUCUCCUUUGGACUCUUCCAGCUCCUUGCGGGGAAGUUCCACUUCGGGAUCGUGCUCGGCUGGGUCACCGUCGCGUCCCUCUUCCUCUACUUCGUCUUCUCCAUGCUGUCGGGCGGCCGCCGCGGGGACCUCGAUCUCUACAGGUGCGUCAGCCUCGUCGGAUACUGCAUGCUGCCCAUGGUCAUCUUCUCCGCGGUCUCCCUCUUCCUGCCGCGGGGCGGCGGGCUCAUAUUUGGAGUGGGGAUGGCGUUCGUGCUAUGGUCCACCAGGGUCUGCACCAGGCUGCUAGCAGAGCUUGCAUCCAGCGGCGACGAGCACAGGGGCCUCAUCGCCUAUGCGUGCUGGCUCGUCUACAUGCUCUUCUCGCUGCUCGUCAUCUUCUAAUACCCAUUAUUAUACGGAAGAUUAUGUUCGGAAUUUGUUUGGCGGAUGGAGUGGACUGCCUUUUAACCAGUCACUGGAGUGUUUCUGCUGGGACCUUGCAGAACUACUUAUGAUAUGGUGGCCAGUGGGGAAUUGUCCUGUAAUGAUCUGUCACUUUUGAACCUUUGGUUCCAGUGGGCAUGGUGGGUGCUCAGUGUAGAUCUUGGUAAAGAAAGGAAGUAAUUAGGUUUUUUCGAAGUAUUGGUGGAGAUCCGACUUUCUAAAGGGUGUUGUCGUGGUCUGUGCAAAUUUGUCCAUUGUGAUUACUUACCACGACUGGUUUAUUUUAGGAUCACCAUGCGUAGUUUCCUUUAUAUUUCACUGUUCAA